UUCUACCAGAGUUUCCCUGAAAUUCCAGUAGAAGAAACUCCUGAAAAUGAUGGGGAGCCAAGCACUUUGUCACUCAGUAUCUGUGAACGGUCUUCUCCAGCAACAUCAAGUGAAGCCUUCACACCAAAGGAGGGAUCUCCUUAUAAAGCUCAAAUAUAUAUACCUGAUGACAUCCCAAUUCCAUCAGAGUUUGAGCUUCGAGAGUCAAAUAUACCUGGAGCCGGAUUAGGGAUAUGGACAAAACAGAAGAUUGAAGUAGGUGAAAGAUUUGGACCAUAUGUAGGAGAACAUCAACAAAGUCUUAAAAACACCAAUAAUGGAUGGGAGAUCUUGGAUGAGCAUUACAAUGUGAAAUUCUGCAUUGAUGCCAGCCAGCCAGAUGUAGGAAAUUGGCUAAAGUAUAUCAAAUUUGCUGGAUGCUACUAUCAACCUAAUCUUGUUGCAUGUCAAAUAAGUGAUCAGAUUUACUACAGAGUAGUAAGAGACAUUGAAGCUGGAGAAGAGCUCCUUCUGUUCAUGAAGACCGACAAUUAUUUACAUGAAGAGAUGGCUCCUGACAUUCAUGAGGAGCGUCAGUAUCGGUGUGAAGAUUGCGACCAGCUGUUUGAGUCCAAAGCGGAACUGGUAGACCAUCAGAAAUUCCCCUGCAGCACUCCCCACUCAGCAUUUUCAAUGGUGGAUGAAGAAUUUCAGGCAAAACUUGACAAGGAGAAUGAUCUCCAUGAUAUGCAUGACAUCCAGGAAUGCAAAGAGUGUGACCAAGUAUUCUCUGAUGUGCAAAGCUUGGAAAAGCACAUGCUGUCCCACACAGAAGAGCGGGAAUAUAAGUGUGACCAAUGUCCCAAGGCCUUUAACUGGAAAUCAAACUUGAUACGUCACCAGAUGUCCCAUGAUAGCGGGAAGCACUACGAAUGUGAAAACUGCGCCAAGCAGGUUUUCACAGACCCCAGCAACCUCCAGAGGCACAUCCGUUCGCAGCAUGUUGGGGCUCGUGCGCAUGCUUGUCCAGAGUGCGGUAAAACAUUUGCCACUUCUUCAGGCCUCAAACAGCACAAACAUAUCCACAGCAGUGUCAAGCCUUUUAUAUGUGAGGUCUGCCAUAAAUCCUAUACUCAGUUUUCAAACCUUUGCCGUCAUAAGCGUAUGCAUGCUGAUUGCAGAACCCAAAUCAAGUGCAAAGACUGUGGACAAAUGUUCAGCACUACGUCUUCCUUAAAUAAGCACAGGAGGUUUUGUGAGGGCAAGAACCAUUUUGCUGCAGGAGGAUUUUUUGGCCAAGGCAUAUCACUUCCUGGAACCCCAGCUAUGGAUAAAUCUUCCAUGGUUAAUAUGACUCAUGCAAAUCCAGGCCUUUCUGACUAUUUUGGCGCCAAUAGACAUCCUGCUGGUCUUACCUUUCCAACAGCUCCUGGAUUUUCUUUUAGCUUCCCUGGCCUGUUUCCUUCAGGCUUGUAUCACAGGCCACCUUUGAUACCUGCUAGUUCUCCUGUUAAAGGACUUCCAAGCACAGAUCAAACAAUCAAAAAUCAAAGUCCCCUCAUGACACAUCCUCAGACAUUGCCAGCUACCCAGGAGAUUCUGAAGGCACUAAAUAACCACCCAUCUAACCUAAGUGAAAAUAAGCCACUGGAGCUUCAACCAGAAAGGUCCUCUGAAGAGAGGCCACAUGAAAAGAUCAGUGACCAGUCAGAGAGUAGUGACCUUGAUGAUGUCAGUACCCCCAGUGGGAGUGACCUGGAGACCACCUCUGGCUCUGAUCUCGAAAGUGACAUUGAAAGCGAUAAAGAGAAAUGUAAAGAAAAUGGUAAACUGUUCAAAGACAAAGUAAACUCUCUGCAGAAUUUGGCUUCCGUAAAUAAUAAGAAAGAAUACAGCAAUCAUUCCACCUUCUCACCAUCUUUAGAGGAACAAACUGCGGUGUCAGGAGCUGUGAAUGAUUCUAUAAAAGCCAUUGCCUCUAUUGCUGAAAAAUACUUUGGUUCGACAGGACUUGUGGGGCUGCAGGACAAAAAAGUCGGAGCCUUACCUUACCCUUCCAUGUUUCCCCUCCCAUUUUUUCCAGCAUUCUCUCAGUCAAUGUAUCCAUUCCCUGAUAGAGACUUGAGAUCGUUACCUUUGAAAGUGGAACCCCAAUCUCCAGGAGAAGGGAAGAAGACUUUAAAGGGAACCUCCGAGUCUCCCUUUGACCUUACCACUAAACGUAAGGAAGAGAAACCACUUACUCCUGUAACUUCAAAAACAUCAGUUUCAUCAGUGGCCAGCCAGGACCAACCUCUGGACUUGAGCAUGGGCACCAGAACUCGAGCCACAGGCACAAAACAGACCGAGCCUCGGAAGAACCACAUUUUUGGGGGAAAGAAAGGAGACCAGGAUCUCGAAUCAAGGAAAUCCUCUGAUAUUUCCUUACAACACGCAAGACCUACACCUUUCUUUAUGGAUCCCAUUUACAGAAAUGUCAACCUUCACUGCAAUCAAAGGCGUUUCACCCAAGAACUCAAAACACAUUGUACCAUAGCAACCCAACGUGGAAACCAAGGAUACUGUGGCAAGAUUUUUCCAAGAUCUGCAAAUCUGACUCGGCAUCUGAGGACACACACUGGAGAACAGCCAUACAGGUGCAAAUACUGUGACAGGUCUUUCAGCAUAUCAUCUAAUCUACAGAGGCAUGUCCGGAAUAUCCACAACAAGGAGAAACCCUUUAAAUGUCAUUUAUGUGACAGGUGCUUUGGCCAACAAACCAACUUAGACAGACAUCUCAAAAAGCAUGAAAACGGCAACAUGUCUGGUACUGCUACAUCUUCACCUCACUCAGAACUUGAAAGCACAGGGGCUAUCUUAGAUGAUAAAGAAGACUCAUACUUUACAGAAAUUCGGAAUUUUAUUGGGAAUAGCAGUCACAAUAAUUCAGAGGAAAGAAUGAACGGAAGUCACUUUAAGGAUGAAAAGACCCCAGUAGUAAGCCAGAAUUCAGACCUGUUGGAAGACGAAGAAGCAGAAGAUGAAGUAAUGAUGGAUGAGGAAGAUGAAGAAAGUGAAAUAACAGGGAAGUCAGUUAAAGAACUGGCAACAAGCAACAUAUGCGAAGAGCCCUCAGAGGGUGAUUUUGAAGAAGCAAAUGCAUUGGAAAUAAAUUGCAAAUCCUCUCCUGACAG